AUGAGCCCGCGCUCGCCAUCGCCUCUGUCGGAAGGCGAGAUCGUCAGCGGGGACGAGGAGAAGGCAAUUAGCACGAGUACAAACGCAGCACGAGACAGCAAGGUUAACAAUUCGGCCAGACUUCCACACGGGUCUUCAUCUCGGACUUCGCAAUCUGCUAGGAUGGAAGGGCUGGAGAAAGAGUCGUACUAUCAUUCGAGGCGGGGUGGGAGCAUGGGCAAUGACGUGCCAGGCGGAGUGAGAACCAAGAGGGACAGGAGCCGGUCAAGGUCACCUUACCGUGCGGACAGAUCGAGCAAUGGUGACAAGCGCAAACGGGAAGACGACCACUACGGUCGGAAAGAUGUGUCCGAUUCGCGACGCUUCAAGACCUACUACGAAGACGAGCCGUUCUCGAAAGAUCAAGAACGUCGUUCGCGGCGUCCAUACGCAGACCUCGAUCGACCUGUCUCGCCGAGACGUCACGUCCCGUACGAUGACCCACUCGAAUCUGUCGCGCGCGAGCCUCUCUACAGCAACGGACGUGACCGCAGGCGUGGGAGAGACCGCAGUAGAUCGCCAUUCCGCCACAGCACAGCACAACCGCCCCAGGACUCUAUGAAAGACGUCACGGGCAAUCAUGACAAGCUGGACGCUGGCAAAGGUGCACUUGAUGAACGCGAGUCCUUCCCACCAUCGUCACAUGCGCAGAAAGACACUAAGCUCAAAAUGUCACUCUCACAGCACGCAAACACGAAGCGCCAGAGUGGCACACAGCAGAGUGGUAAUGGUAUCAUCAAGCAAGAUUCAGAAAUGACAGAAGAUUCCACAGAGCCCAAGCAAACCCUCAGUGAAUCCGAGCUCAUCGAGCAACGACGCAAACGCCGGGAGGCCAUCAAAGCUCGGCACAAAGGUAACCCACCUCUACUUGUUCAAGCUCUGGAACACACCCAGGCGUCAGCUCCGUCAACACCGCUUCACGACAGCAGCGGUGGCCCUUCAGCACAGCAGUCGCCGCCUUCGUCUAUGGAUUCGCCAAGCACUACGCAGAAGGAUUCGCCGCCUGGCUCUCCAGCCGCUUUCGCCGUCACCAACGAUGAAGAGCUUGUCGACCGCCGCAACGCUGACAGUGCCGGGCAUGAGGAAGAUGGACCAUCAGCUGCUGAUUACGACCCCAACCUGGACAUGCAGGAAGACCGUCCGGAUCACAAGCGUCAGGAUCUCCAAGACGACGUUGCAAACGGCGUCGAUGCUGAGGUAACCGAAGCACCUGCUGCAGUGGCACAGAAGGCAAAGGAGUUCGACAUGUUUGCGGAGGACGACGAUGACGACGACAUGUUCGCACCAGCCGAUGCUACAGCGAAGCCUGCUGCCGCGGCGACGACAAAACAAGCGAAGGCACUCGAUGCUAGCUUACUUGACAAUUGGGAUUAUCCAGACGGUCACUACCGCAUCAUUCUUGGCGAGCUGCUGGAUGGACGCUAUGCUGUGCAGCAACAGAUAGGCAAAGGUACGUUCGCAACGGUAGUGCGCGCUCAAGACACGCAGACCGGUGCCACGGUGGCUGUCAAGAUCGCUUGCAACAAUGAGACGAUGUACAAGGCAGGCCAGAAGGAGAUGGAGAUGCUUGAGCUACUCAACCAGAACGACCAGGACGACAAGAAGCACAUCAUUCGCCUGCUGCGCCAAUUCGAGCACAAGGGCCACCUGUGCCUCGUAUUCGAGAAUCUGAGUGCAGAUCUGCGCGAGGUCCUGAAGAAGUUCGGCCGCAACGUUGGCCUCAAUCUCAAAGCCAUCAGGUCGUAUGCACAGCAGAUGUUCCUCGCACUCAGCCACCUGAAGAAAUGCCAGAUCCUCCACGCCGAUCUCAAGCCGGACAACAUCCUUGUGAGCGAAAAGCGGAACUUGCUGAAGAUUUGCGAUCUCGGAACCGCUUCUUUCGCAGAGGAUGCAGAAGUCACACCAUACCUGGUGUCACGCUUCUACCGCGCGCCUGAAGUGAUCCUAGGAAUGCCCUUCGACUAUUCCAUCGACAUGUGGUCGAUCGGAUGCACGCUCUUCGAGCUCUACACAGGACGCAUCUUGUUUGCUGGCGCCGACAACAAUCAGAUGCUCCGUGCUGUGCAAGAAUGCCGUGGCAAGUUUCCGAUGCGUAUGCUCAAGAAGUCGACACUUGCAGACAGGCACUUCGAUUUCGACGGCAACUUCUUCUCUCAGGAGCGUGACAAGAUCACUGGCAAAGCGACGAUGCGUCAGAUCAACUUCAACAAGACUGGAGCUGGCAAAGAUCUUCGGUCUCGGCUCUCUGGCACAACCAAAGGCAUGAAGCCGGAGGAGAUUAAGGAGCAUGCUGCGUUCGUGGAUCUCAUGGACAAGUGUCUGCAACUGGAUCCGGCUCGAAGAGUAAGUCCAAACGAGGCGCUCAGACACGGCUUCAUCACGCACGGCACACAGCAGCCGGAGAAGGCGGCACCUACGGUGAAGGUGGCCAUGAAUGUUCCGCGGAUGAGAUGA